UAGGGACAGCGCAUUCGAUCGAGUCAGUCGUAAUCUCCACUUCAUUUCAAAAGAUCAUCACCAUGGCAUCACUCCGCUGGAUCGUAGUAGUAGCGGCCUUCCUGUUGAUGGCAGCAGCGGACGACUCCUCCAAGCAGAAAUACGUGGAAAACAAGCGAGCUUGCAGCAAGAUUGUCCGCUCAAGCCAGGAAAACGUGGAACGCUACCUGCGGUCGGAAUAUCCGGAAGAUCACGAAACGGCGUGUUUCAUGCGUUGCGUCGGCAUACUGAGCGGAUCGUACGACGAUGAAACGGGGGUCAACUUGGACUCACUGUACGAAGCAUUCGGCAAAGGUUUCGUCACUCGGGAAGAGUACCAGGAGGAAUCGAAGGUUUGCUUGGAAAAGCUGGACGAAGUUAGCUGCCAUUGUAUGAAGGCGUACAAGCCGCUCAUGUGUUUGAAGAAACAGUACAAGAAGCGGAAGGAGGCUACGGCUCAAAGUAGUUUGCUAAAAUAAAACAAUUUUGUUUUCUC